UUGAGUACCGUUGUGUUUGGUUCACAAAAACUAAAUUUAGUGCACAAGCCUAAUAGACUCGUUAUUACCCCUACUUUUCAAUAGAAAUUUUUAGGGUAGGGACUCUGAAUUGAUAAUACGUGACUUAGUUCCGCACUCUUUUUUUUUUUUUUUUUUGGAAGAUUAGUUCCACACACUUUUUUGACAGUAAAACACAUAAAACUGCAUAUCUUAACCAAAGCGCCAAAAUAAUUUUUUGGAGUGCCAAGGUUAUUUUCCUAAAUCCUAUGAAGAAUUACAAUUCAACAAGUUGUACUUUGAAAAAUGUUAAAUUCAAAGGGUAAGAUCGUCUUUUCAAUCAUAAACUCACAAUCUUACAGCAAUAAGACUGUAUCCCCACAACCAAAAUCAAAAUGGCAUCUUUGAUUCUUGAAAAAUGGGAUUUGCCCCCAAAAUAUUUAAAGUGAAAAAGAUGGAGUAAGAAAUUUCUCAAAAAAAAAAAAAAAAACACAAAAAAUUUCACUACUACUAGUAGCAAGUAGCAAAAUGAUGAGUUAAAUGAGAAAAGAAUGGUUUCUUAACUUACUUUAAUGGACAUCAACUGUACUCACAGCUGCUUACUGUCUUUCUCUCUUUUCCUCUUUCUCUCUCCUCCUGAUUACAAGGCAUGCUCAUUCUCUCUCUUCCUUUCUUUCAUUCAUUCAUUCAUUCAUUAUUUUCUCUCUCUAAAAAAACACCCUUUUUCUGGGUAACACUUCAUUAUUGCUUAUUUAUCUAUGUUCUUCUUCUGAUUAUUUGGAGGUUGAUUUUCACUUUAAUGGUCAAAUAAAUUUGAUUGGUUUUUUCAAAUGGGUUUAAUUGCUUGAAGUUGAAGCUCUAUUUGAAAUUGGAAGAAAAUGAUUUGAAGUUUGUUGGGUUUGUACAUUUCUUUGAGUUCACUACUGUGAGAUCUGAAGUGGGGUAUACCCAGUUUGUUAGAAUCAAAUAAUUAGCCAUUUUAAUUUUUCUGGCUUGAAAUGCAAGUGUAAUUAAAGAAUUAUAGAUGCAUCAAUGGGUGUAAAUAUGGAAUUGGAAUUUGAUAAAUUCUGCAAAGUAGGUCGGAGCCCUAGAACUGUUCUUCCUUCUCCGCAGCAACCGAAAAAGGUUGAGCGUAGGAGUAGUAGAAAAGGAAGAACCAGUUCUAGGAAUGAAGAUUAUGAUUUAGUAAGUUUAGAAGAGAAAGGAUUUACGGAGAUUAAGUUUCGGAAUUAUCGGAGUGUUUCUUGUAAGAAUCUUCCAUCAGGAAAUGUUGAGUUGGAAUGCAAUGAUUUCCUGAGGCGUGGCUCGGUGUAUCAGAGCUCCACAGAUAGAAGAUUUAAGAGGCCGGAAACUCAGGGUGGGAGAAAAAAGGUUGAGUUUUCACUCAAUAGUGAGACACCCUUCUCCUUUAGUAUACUAGAUUCUAUAUGCGGUUCUGAUGAGGAAGCCCGAGCUGAGCCUGAGCAGAAGAGAUCAUCAGUUGUAUCAUUGAAUUCGGAUGCUGUAUCUUCUGCUAAGCCUCCUAGACAGCCGUGUUAUAUGGAUUUGAAAGAGCGACAAAGUGAUUCGGGUUCAUGUGCUGAGAGGGACUCAAUGAAAAAUCAGAAGUUCAGAUGUGAACGAGUGAAUAGUCCUUCGAACAAUGCUAAUGCCCUCAAAGAGAGAGACUCUCUUGCUUUGAACAAGUCUCUCUCUGCCAAGCUUGCAAUGCCACAUUCCCCAACUCAUUCAGAAGGGGAUAAAACCAAAGGAAGCCCGAAAACACGUUUCAAAAAGAUGUUUGACCCUUUUACAAAGUCUAAGUCUCAUCGAACUCCUUCAUAUGAUGCCAAAUCAUUGAGCUUAGCAGAUAUUGGGAAAGCUAAAACACUACGGAAAUCCUUGUUACAUGAUUUUUCAAGUGCAGUGCCAAAUGUGGAGACUACUGAAACCCCACCUGUCAAGAAAGAGCCGCAGCAGGUUGUCUCACCAUGCUCACCUGCUCACCUUAGAGGUAAUCUGAAGAUGGAGCAGAAGCAUGGAGUCCCAUACUUUGAGUUCUCGAUGGCAAACUCCGAUGAUUUGUAUGUGGCAAAAACAUGGAAGGCGGAAAAUGCACUUAAUUGGGUGUAUACUUUUCAUUCUGUUCAGGGUAAAAAGAGAAGUAGUGCAGGUGGUUGGGGAGUGAAGUACAGCAAUAAAGAUUCUCCCAUGGUUGGACAGAUGCAGGUACAGUGUUACUUAUGCUCGGAGCUAAGAGGUGGUGGAGCUUUUAGCAACUCGAUGAUGACAGAGUUCGUGAUGUAUGAUAUUGCUCAUGCAAGAAAAAGUGUCACUGCUGAAGAAGAGAUCAACAGCUCUGAAAAUUCCAUAGUUGUGGGUGUUUCUAGUGAAAGUUCGGUAGAAGGAAAUAUUGAAUUGGAUGAUUUGUUUGGUGUCUCAAAGCCUAGACUGCCAACCAUGAAUGCUGUUGACAAUUGCACUGCAGAUUUCUCUACUCCUUACCCAUGGGCCCAAGCAGAUUUGCGACCAAGCUUUGAAAUUGCAGCUGUUGUUGUUCAAAAUCCCUUUGAGAAAAGAGAGAGCUUAAAAUAUAAAAGGGGAAAUAAAUAUAGUGACCAGGUUACAAAGGACUUGCGUGAUGAUAGUAGCCCAGUAAAGGUGAAUGUAGUGACCCCGUUGGGGAACCAUGGUUUGCCAACUAGCGGUGAAAGUAGAGGGCCUUCUUCAUUACUCGAUAGAUGGAGGCUAGGUGGAGGCUGCGAAUGUGGUGGAUGGGAUAUGGCUUGCCCCCUUCUUGUUUUUGGUAAUCCAAGUACUCAAUGCAAGGAUCAGCACGCUAUUUUAGAGAAGGAUCAGCCUUUGCAACUCUAUAUUCAGGGAGGAAAAGAAAACAUGCCAGCUUUGACCAUAAAAAUCACCGAGAAGGGGAAAUAUGCAGUAGAUUUCCAUGCACAACUAUCAGUACUACAGGCUUUUGCUGUCUGUGUUUCAAUCAUGCACACAACAGAAGCUUCUAGCUUGGUUGAGCAAGAGAAAAGCAAAGAGUUAUUGCAGAGUAGCUCUCUGAAGGUUCUGGUUGAGGAUGAAGUGAAAAUCUUGAUCGAAGCAGUCACAGAAGAGGAAAAGAAGAAAGUUGCAAAGGCCGCAGAAGAACAUCAGCCAUCUUUUGUGCUGAAUCCACCCUUUUCUCCUAUUGCCCGAGUGUAGCUCAUUCAGUUUUUUUGUUAACAAUGGAACUAAAUCUCCACAACUCUUGCAUUUCAGAGCCCAAUUGAAAAUUUUACAUCUGAUUUCCACAAGAACUUUGGGAAACUUUACACGUCAGAACCUCCAAAGGUCAUCUGAAUGCAGAGAGUAUACUUGGAGUAUCUGUUCAGUAGUAAGACUUUCAGAAAGGAAAUAUACUGUCCAUAUUUGGUAGAUCAUAGAGAGGGCUAAGAUCAUCUGAUCAUUUUAGGCGGAAUAGCUAGGUUUCUCCUUUUGUUUUCAUUUUCUUUUCUUGUACCCUUAUAUCAUCUUGAUUCAAUUUUGUACUUGUAAUUUAUAGGGCGCUAGAGAAAGAGAUUAGUUGAAUGUUUAUGGUUCUAAACAUCAGGUCACGGUAGAUUUUGGAGCCAAAAGAAGAGCUUUUGUAUUUUAGCAAAAUAUGUAUUGCAAAUAAUGUAAUAAAUCUUUAUGGAAAGAAUUUUAUGCAGAAUGGCAUUCUGCUUUUAGUCCUUGAA